GCGGCCUCAAGCAUGGCGGACGAUCGUUCUCUUUUUUCAUAUGAAGAAAUAAUUUAGCCUUUACUCUUCCUACAGUUAAAGUUAUGUCCCGAAAGGAGAUCAAAAAGGGAUGCGUGGCCCUUGAUCUUAGGGUGAAAAAGUUUCAAAAUUCUUUGACGAAUCAGUAUGAAGAAAUUCCAGAAUUGGAUCCAAGAUGGAAAGAAACAGUUCAGUUUGUCUCCUACACUCCACUUCCCUUCCAGUUCCUCAAGGGAAACAAACAACCAGUGGUCACAGAUGAUGCAAGUCUUGAAGAAUGGAAAGAAAGAGGAACAUUCAUCAAUGAUGAUUUGAAAUGGCUGCUUUGUUUAACUCACAAUAAAUUCUGGUGUCAGGUAAUCUUUGAUGAAUCUCUACAUGCUUGCCUUGAUAGUUAUUUAAAACAUGCUCCUAGAGCCUUUGAUUUAUGGCAUGUGACACUACCAGAUAAACUGGCUGCUUUACAGCAUGAUAUCAACAAGAGAGUAUUCAUGGUAUUAUUGAGAAUGUCUACACACAAAGAAUCCAAGGAUUGCUUUCUUACUCCAAGCACCUUUGGUGAAAUAAUUUAUGAAAACUUUCUCUUUGACAUUCCAAAAAUUAUGGACAUCUGUGCUGUCUAUGGCGGAAGGGAAAACAAGCACCACUCUCUUCUAAGAAAAAUGAUUGAAAAUAUAUUUGAUAAGCAGCCUAAGUAUUACGAUGACCUGGAUCAAACUAUCCCAACUUUAAUGGAAACUUUAAAUAAUAUAAUUGCAAAAUGUGGACUUGAAAACACUUCUGAUGCUUCGCCCCAAAAGCUAAGUGAAAGGGCUGCAAUGUCUGAAAAGGAACUCAGUUCAAACGAGGUUGUGGAUAUUGUGUUAUACCUAUCAGACAUUGGCCACACUCUGAUGAAUUUUAUGGAGAUUUUUCCAUCUUCUUGUCAGUAUUUCUUCAAGCAUGGAUUUGUUUCAGGAGUAGCGAAUUUGUUCGAAGAAAUUAUUCCAUUUUUAGGAAGUAGACUAUCAGCAAAGGAUAUGAAAUUUUUGAGGCCGGAAUUAGAAGUGGUCAUGACUUUACUGGUAAAUGUUUGUAAUUUCGUGUUGAAGACCUGUUGCAUUGAACCAUUGUUGUCCAGCUUACCAGAGGGUAUACAGAAACAUGUUGAAGACUAUUGUCAGAUUCUAAUGUCAAUACUAUCGGAAAAAAGGUUCAUAAGCUGGUAUGACGCACAGUUCAGCAUAGAGAAUGACCUCAUCACAAUCCAGUCGUGUCCUGGAUCAACUCUUGAUGCUACUCGUGUAGAAUAUAUCAUCCAAGCCAUUCACAGCGCACACGAGGCUCAUCCUAACAAAACCAAGAGAAAAGACAAGAAAACCAAAAAAAAUGCGAAUGAGGUGACUAGCGGCGAAACGCUAGGAGGGGUCAAUGAGUUUGUCGAAGAACAGGAAACUAGGCGUCAAAUCUCGAGUAAUAAAGAACUUGGUGGUGCCUCUGUUCCACGUGAUGACGUCGAUGACGUACAACUGGAUUCCAUGACAACCAGUGUACGUGACCUGCUUCCAGGCCUGGGAGAGGGAUUUGUCAUCAAAUGCUUACAAGAAUAUAACUAUGAUUUUGAGAAGGUCAUCAACGCUGUUCUCGAAGAUAACCUGCCUGAAUCACUUAAUAAACUAGAUAGGACAAUGGACAAGGCUCAAGCACUGAGCUCACAAAAUGAACCCAAUAACUUGAUAUCCACAAGGCAUUCAGUGUACGACAAGGAUGAGUUUGACGUCUUCACGCAAGGGGACAAAAUCGACCUGUCCAGGGUACACAAGGGUAAAAAACGCGACGAGGCAAAGUUAGAUACCCUAUUGGCUGAUAAGAGUCACAUGACCGAGUCUGUCAAGAACCGGUUAAGCAGGUAUGACGUGUAUGGCAAGUUUGAGAUAGAGCCCAAGUAUGACGAGUAUGAUGAUGAGUAUGACGACACGUACGACGCACUGGAUGUGGGCGCACAGGAUGAUGACUCGGCUGAUGAACUAACAACACGAAGACCAUUCACUGUUCCUCGUGUUCUCGGGAAACCCGUUGAUCAAUCAAGCGAGAGUAGCGAAGAGGAGGAGGGUGAAGAGGAAGCGAAGGAAGGCGAACAGGACGAAGGUGCCAAAACUGAACAACAAACCCGGUGGAGAACCCCCGACAAGAGACCCGGUAAUCGGGGAUUUUUCAGAGAUGGACCCGAUGCCAACAGAGGAAGAGGAGGACAGGGGCAACGCGGGCAGGACAAAGGGAGUGAUCGUGGUGGUUCUGGAGGGGUAAAAAAGGGGCAGAAAGGUAAAGGAAAGGCUAAAGCACCACCGGACCCCGCGACACUCAGAACCAGGGCACUAAAGGAACGGAACAAGGGACAAAGAGCGAAUCAUAAUAGAAAGGCUGGUGCAGAUAGGAAGAGGAAUAAAGGAAUGGGGCCAUUACCGCCACAGUAAGCACAACACACCUAUUCACCUUGCGUUAUUCUCUCGAGUAUUACUCCGUCGCUGGCCGGUAACGUUUGAAACUCAAAGGGUCUCAUACCCAAAGGAAUGACACAUGGUAUGAAAUGGAAAUAUAAUACGCUCACCAAAAUGGGUCUAAAUUUAAGAUAUUUUUGAAGGUCGCAAAAAGUUUCCACGCAAGAACCAACGUAGUAUUAAAGUAGUGCUAAAUAGUUUCAGACGAAUGUAGGAAGGAACCAGACUAUUUCUUAGCUUCUUGGUGCUGAAACGCGUCUUACCUCGAAUUGUGUUAUAAACGUUAAUACUCGUUUUGAAAUUAGAAGGCCAAUCUCCUAUGGCAUUAUGGGAC